ACAUCCGGGACAUUCUGCUGCAUGAUGGAUUCUUGAGCUGAAAAAACAGACGACAUUUUUGUUUUCCCGUCUCAGGAUUUUUCCUUUUCAGUUGGCAUUUAUUCCAACCCAGAACACUCCAGCAUGGAACCUUCACCAGGAUAGGGGCCCUCGUACAAGGAGGAUUUGGAAAAUGUGUGAAUUGUGGCGUUUCUGAGGAGGAUUUAGGAGAAAAUGGAGUGCGAAAGUGGUGGGGAGGGCGGCUCGGUCAAGUCUUCAUGAGACGGAUAAUAUUUUAGAGGUGCCCUGCUGUAACUUUACGGAUUUCUUCUUUCUGGUCGAUUCGCCGCUUCCAGCAUGGAUCUGUUCAUUGAAACCCUGACUGGAACAGCCUUUGAGCUAAGGGUGUCUCCAUUCGAGACAGUCAUAUCAGUCAAGGCGAAGAUCCAGAGACUAGAAGGAAUCCCCAUCUCCCAGCAGCACCUCAUCUGGCGCUCUGUGGAGCUGGAAGACGACUACUGUCUCCAUGACUACAGUAUUACUGAUGGCAGCACUCUCAAGUUGGUUCUGGCCAUGAGAGGAGGGCCUAUCAACACAAGGAGAGUUCCCAUGGAAGACCCAGCCAUUCGGGAGAUGGCAGAAUACAUGGAGGCCAACAAGGAGGAAAUCCUGGACAAGCUGCCCAACAACAAGCAGGUCACCCUGCUGGUGUUCCGUGAGGGCGACCAACUCAACUUUUUCCGAGUGGUGGACAGAGGAGAUGGCACACUAACACCUCUCUCUGAAUCAUUAAGUGGUGCAUCUGUGUACAACCUGUAUGAUGAGGAAGAGGAGGAGGAGCAGCCAUCCCAGGAACAGAUCAGAGAUAACAACGUCACUGCCACCAAGAUGAGAGCACUCAGGACCAAGAUGGAGAGUCUCAGUCUCAGCAAAAAGCAACCGAAGUUCAAGCCUAGACCUCCAUCUAGUGGUCGUCCAAGUAGCAAAACGUCCUCUCGACGAAAGAAACUUCAUCUACGAGCCUCACAAAACUCAGGGCAAGCUCUCAACAGGAACAUGCCCCUUCCUCCUGUUGGAGGGUCCUCCGUUUCACAAAGUGAUGCCGAGGAUACCAAAUCUGAUCCUAAAAAGGAUGCAGAAAGGACCCAGAAGCCAAGUCAAUACUCCUCCCCUAGAACUAGAUUAGAGCACCUCCCUAGUGCCAAAUUGAAAAAGCCGGCGGCAAAGUUGAACGCUGACCAGGCUGCUGAGUCCAGGUCUGCUUCAACGUCUGCAGAAGGUAUGAAGGAGGACCAGUCUGCUGUCAGAACCAGAGUCAUGGAUUAUGGUGCUCCUUCUAGUCUGGCCCAGGACUCAUCUUCCCGCAGGGACACAGACUCUUCCAGUGAGGAGGAAAGGCACCAGCAAGACUUGCAUGCCACUGCUGUAAGCUCUCCAAGGAAACGGCAGGAACUGCAAAGAAUCGUGGAGCAAAAGGCUGAAACAUCUUCCCAAGGAGUGGAAUUAAACAGAGAUGUUAAAGAUGGCACAGUGCAGAAGGAAGGUUUGCAGGGGAUUGAAAAAGAGAAACAAGAAGUGAUACAGUCCCUGAAGAAAGAUUUUGUUGGACUUGAACACCGUAAAGCAGGGACCAGUGCAGGGUUUCCAUCCACUGUGGACUCCCCCUUUAGACGCUGGGAACAUGGAUAUGUGUCAGCAGAAGCCAGGACUGUAGACCUUGUAAAUAAAGUUCCUGUGUCAUUGGAGAAGCUUGGUGGUAGAAAGGAGGUACAGCACCUAGGUAGCUUGGUCAGGAGUGCUACCAAGGAAAGUCUACGAGGCUUGAGUGGGAAGCACAGAAUGCCACCAGAAGGUCUUGGCUACUCCAGCAAUGCUGCUGGCCUACGGAAACAUGACCGGAGAAUCGGCACUCCAGACCGGAGUAGACUCAUAUCUGCCCACAGUAUUCGAGACUUGUCAGGGAGGAUAUCAGCUUCGGGGAGAGGGACAGUAUCCCCCAUUCACCGACUGCCCCCUGUCAAGCCCCCUCAGCUGCAUACCAAGAAAAAGUCUGGUAAAAGGUGCUUCCUGUGUGGCAAAAAGACAGGACUUGCUACAAGCUAUCAAUGCAGAUGUGGCAACAACUUCUGUGCUACCCACCGCUAUGCUGAGGCCCAUGACUGUACCUAUGACUAUAAAGCUGCUGGUCGCAAAUAUCUGGAGCAAGCCAACCCUGUAGUUAGUGCUCCCAAGUUGCCCAAAAUCUGAGUUCCCAAGCCAUAGACUAUAUUUUGGGAACCAGGGAGACUUGUGCUUCCAGCAGAGUUGUGUAGAGCAGGAGAAAGGUCUGUUGUUGGUGGUAAUAAUGUGAUGUGUAGGUUGGCAUACACAGUGAUACUAACUUCAUUUUUGGCCUUUACAAACCAAAUUUUGAAGAGCUUAAGUGAAGACGUACAUGCUAUUAUUCCUAAAAAAUAUCAAAAUUGAGGAUUGAUCUUUCUUACACAUGAAUAUAGAAUGAAUAAGGGUAGAAUUUGGCUUCUAAGAUGAUCACAUUUUUGUUUUUUAACUUCUGUUUUGAAGAAAAAUGUUCCAGUAUUCCAGAAAAAUUUAGAUGUACUAGUAUAUAUGUACUAUGUGUGUGUGAGUGUACAUACAUGCACACAUACAUACAUACAUGUAUACAUAUAUAUUCACUUUCUGCAUCACUGUGUGUCAACAUUAUUUAUAUUUUACACAUAGCAUUGUUACCCUACUGGACAGUCAAUUUUUCUCCUGAUCCACUGAUUUUGCAUUGUAAGUUCCAGUCUCUCUGUAUUUUAAUGGUACUCUCGAGCACCAACUACUCUGAGUGGGUUGUUCCACACUUUUUAAAGAUUUUAUAUAAAACCAAGAAUGUUAUAUAUGAUGUUCUUGAUGAAACUUAUCUUUUAUAGCAUGUGUGAAUUGAAAGCCAGUUGGUAACUGUUGGUUGCUCUAUAAUUAUAAUGUAUGUCUGUUGCUGUUUUUGUUUUCUCCAAGAAUGUGUAAUGUGUUGUGUUAAAUGGAAGAUAUCUGUACCUCAUGUGGUCCUGUAUGUUUCCCAAGGAAACUUUCAAAGCACAAUUAGCAAGUUAAAAAAUGCAGAUGGAAUCUUGCUGUGUCUUUUGUUGUACAAUUGUGUUGAAUUCCAGUAAUUUUUAUCUUUAUUUGAUAACCAAUUGUUUGACAGGAUGGAACAGUAUACAAUUCAAAUGUAAUUUCUCUGAUAUAACGACGUAAGAAGUCUUCCCUUACAAAUAAACCAUAUUCUUUUGAAGUCCUCAUCGAACCUUGGCUUUGUCAUUAAAUGGUCAAAAGCUUAUAGUCAGAAAUGGUCAUGGCAAUUUGCAUGUUCGUGUGCCUCCUUUCAUCCAGAGCGUAAGUUUGUCAAACUGUGCACUAUGUACGUGUACAAGUAGAAGUCUUCUGAUGCCACCAACAGUGUUGUAUAAAAGGGUUUGGUACUCAUUUUGGCCGGAUUUAUAUACAGCAAAAAUUAUGUACUUGCAAAUUGUCAAUGUCUCCUUUUCAACAGUUACAAAUAUAGUCUAGAUGGUAGGCUGAAGGAACAGGGACAGUUGUACAUGAAUGGUGUCAAAAAUAUGAUGAAGCCUCAUAGUACAUGUACUAUGCUAAAAUUACAAUUAAGUCUCUUCGAUACCCAAGAUCUGAAAUUGGUGUCUUUCACUUGUACCUGUACUGACAAUGAUCUGAGGCUGAUUCCCAUCAUUUUCCUGUUAGCCCUCUUCCUUUGUGAGAAGAAAGUCAGCAUCAUAAUUAUGUACUUUGCAUGCUCAAGGAGGUCAAUGCAUCUUGAACUGUAAUCAACCUGGAACAUGGAGUUUUAUACCAGUCCAAUUCUAUGUGUAAUAACCUGAGUACUUGCAGAAAGUGGCAUGCUUUGGGUUAGGAUGGAUUGUAGCUAUAGACUGAUUUCAGAUCUUAGCAUCCUUUGUGGCCUUCCGUCAGCAAUGGCAUUUAUUGUUUUGGGGAGCACUGAUUCCCAAUUUUCAGAGCCAGGAUCUAAUGCUGAGGUCUUUUCUGGGCUUGCUGGAAAUCAUGGAUCAGUAAUAACCCCAACAAUAAAUGUCAGCACUGGUGGAAGGCUGUGAAGGAGGCUAUGGCUAUCAGAUGUUGCCUUUCCUACUGCAUCUGAAAGUCUGAUACUUUUCAUCUUGACUCAUGAGCCCUCAUAGCAAAUGAAAAAUAUGGCUGUUUGAGUCCAGCUUGUUUCAAGAUGUGAUCUACCACUUGUGCAUUUCAGCCUCAAUGGAACAUUCCAAAGAUAGUUUUACUCAUCCCUCAAGCCAAAUUAGAAAGAUGUAUUUAUACUGCCUCCAGAUCUUUGUUUUUAGCUAACAGUCUUUGGAAGAAUGUUUUUGCCAAGAGUCAUUGGAAAAAUCUUUGAAAGAAAUACAUGUACAUUUAUAUGUUUAAUUGCCAUGAUAGUUUGUCAAAACAAUUUGAAUGAAGGUAAAAAUAAGCUCAUCCUACUACUUCGGAAGAAAACAUUUCCUUCUUUUAAACCACAUUGUCUGCCAUGGAAGUUUUAAAAAAUUGUACUAUUGGGUUGAACUCUGGUAUGUGUUUUAGACAUGACUGAUGCUUUGGCUGAUGUUUAUGUAUACACAUUCUCAAUUUUUGUUCGAGUGUUAUCAUAGAAAUGAUACUUUAUAAAUUUAUCAUCAUCAUUUGAAAAUUAUGCAAUGCUUAGAUAUGUGAAUAUGAGUAUUAAUGUCAGAUUUUAAAUGGAACGAAUGACUAAAAUGAUUUAAAUAAAGUUGUGAUGACAUUUUCAA